AUGCGCCCAUCACCCCACCUUCUCGCCGCGGUCUCUCGAACCAGACCCUCAACGCUGAAGAAGCCUUCCAUCAGUCUAGACCAUUUCAUCCAAAGACAGCGGGUCCUGUCAUUCUGGCGGGAAAUCGUCCGAGCAUUAAUCAAGGUUCCUCCUUCGUCGACGAGGAGCGAGUUGCGGAACUAUGCGCGUGCUGAAUUCGAGCGUCAUCGUGAAUUGACGGAUUUGGGUUCCAAGGUUGUGUGA